AACCACCGAAGUUAAUUACGCUCUGGAUCAGAGUACGGAGUUUAAACGGGCCGAGAAUGUUUUCGGAGCCAGACUUAGAGGGAGAGAGAAAGCGUCGCAAAUCCAUAAUGGGGUUGGAAGAAUGUACCUGACCCUUGCUUACCCCACUCGCUUUCUCUCCCUAAACGCCCACCUCCCCAUUUUCCUUGUCAUUAAACCUGCAACGAAGUUCCUCUUCCUUGGAAAGAAGACCAUGUCCACGAAAACCCAACCGCACGCGUUUGCAGGCAACCCACUGAGAGCUUCUACCUCUAACACCAUCCCCACCACCGAUGAAUCUUCUUUCUCUUCAGCUUUUUCAACCCUAAAAUCCAUUCUAGACUCCACCCAAGAAGGCCCAUGGCGCUCUUGUAAUGUCAAGGUCCUUCCUUUCAAAAGAGGCAAGCCUUUAGCCUCUUCUUCCGUUUCUCCUUCUUCUUCUGUCUCUGGUUCAUCUGAUGGUGUUCCACUUUGGCAUUUGGGGUGGCAAAGUUUAUUGGGUUGUAAGGAUUUUCUUGGGAGUUUUGAAGUUAAGCUGAGCCAUGAGCUUCUGGUUUUUCUUGGAAAGCAGAAAGAUGUUUCCUACUGGGCUAUCGAUGUUUCUGCGAUGGAUUCUUCUGUAGUUGUGGCCCAAUUGAAGGGUUUCUCUUUUGUGGAGCUUAGGACUCUCAUGGUUGCUACUGAUUGGGCUGAUACUUCUGCAAUGGGGGAAUUGGCAGUCGCUGGCCAUGCUAGGGCAUUGUUGGAAUGGCAUAAUUUGUCCCGUUUUUGUGGUUACUGUGGAGCGCGAAACAUACCAACUGAUGGGGGAAGACGGAAGCAAUGUGUAAAUGAAUCUUGCAAGAAGAAAAUCUACCCUCGUAUUGAUCCUGUUGUCAUUAUGCUAGUCAUCGAUAAAGACAAUGAUCGUGCACUCCUAAGUCGUCAAUCCAGAUUUGUUCCUCGCAUGUGGAGUUGCAUUGCUGGUUUUAUAGAGCCAGGAGAAAGUUUAGAAGAAGCAGUGAGGAGAGAAACAAUCGAGGAAACUGGCAUUGAAAUUGGGGAUGUUGUCUAUCACAGCUCUCAACCCUGGCCUGUUGGACCAAGUAGUAUGCCAUGCCAGUUGAUGGUUGGAUUCUUUGCAUAUGCCAAAUCUUUUGAAAUACGUGUGGACAAGGAAGAGUUGGAAGAUGCCCAAUGGCACAGCCGGGAAGAUGUGAAGAAAGCUUUGGCCUCUGCUGAAUACAAGAAAGCACAGAGGAAUGCAGCUUUCAAAGUUGAUCAGAUGUGCAAAGGCGUGGAGAAAGGACACAGUUUCUCAGCAGAUUUCAAUGUGGAAAGUGGUGAACUUGCUCAGAUGUUUGUUCCAGGCCCAUUUGCCAUUGCCCACCAUCUCAUUGCUGGUUGGGCCAAUGGUCAUAACGCUGAUAUGGGGCCCACCACUUCCAACUCUGUGUCCAACUUGUAGCAUGUCACCAUGUAAUUCAUGCAUGGAUGGAUUUAAGUGAAUCAUAUAUGCAUGCUCGGAACAUGAUAUUCAUGUGUGGUUUUGAGUUUUGCUACAUUUGUUGUUAUCACUGAAAAUAAGCCUGGUUGGCCUCGUCAUGCGGCUUGAUACAUGACAUGUAUGUAUGAUGCUCUUCCAUUGGGCUAAAUACUUGGGAUCAGAUUAAAUUCUUGUCAAUAGCUGAUGUUAAGUUCAAAUUAAUACAAGCAUGGAAUUCGUAAACAA